CAACCUAAUCCACACAUCACAAUAUUUUCCUGAGAACAAAACUUGGUCACACUAUAUUGGAUAUUUUUAAGUUUGUUGUUUGUCACUCGGUAAAAAUAUAAACAAACGAAUGAAUAUUAAAAUGUGCGGUCCGGCGAAGAGUAUUAUUUACGCGGCAUAACUACCGCCUAUUACAAAUUAACACAAAUCGCUAAAACAUCUACGCCGAAGCGGACUUCCAGCUGAAGUGAAAGGUGCAGCACUGACCUAUUGCGAACUUGAUGGCGCCACAUAAUCCUUUAAGAAAGUGAGCCACCAUGGUGAAGAUCCUGCAGGCCUACAACUUUGCCAGGCAGCAGACGUAUGCCCUUAAUGGGGACAUCCUGGCGGCCAGCCUGAUCGGGAACAACCGCAUAGCCAUCAGCAGUGCGGAACAGUUCAUCGAGAUCUACGACAUAGGUGCCAAUCAGGCCCAGUCUGAGGACUCCAGGAGAACGGCUUCGGACGAUGUAGGACAAUCAAAUGAGACGGCAGGAGAAUCCACCACCGCUGGUGAUGAGAGAACACCGAGCAGGAGUACGCUGGCUACGGUGGGCGAAGUGGUGCAACUUAUUUACUGUGAAGCUGGCAAAUACCUUCUUACUCUUGAAAAGGAACAGGCAGGCAGUCCGGUGCACUCCUCCUCCACCAUUAGUUGCACAUCGAGCAGCAACAGCAAUACAGUCUGCUCCGAGGAUGACACGAAGAUGUUCGUACGCAUCUACGCCAACUUCUGGAAGUUCCCGGACAGUCGGCUUAACGAGCUGCCCAUUACGAUCCGAAUAGCUUCGAUGACCACGCCCAAGACGCCGUUGGUGGAGAGCAUCGAUGUGAUUGAGCUCCCGUUGCGCAGUCCGCCUGAGCUGGUGCAGUGCUGCCAGACAUCGGGUAACAUCAUCGUCAGCAGUCGUGACAGGAUUUACCUCUACGAAUACACCCAGUGCGUUCAUGAGAACACGCAGCCUAGGUUUGCUUUCAUCGACUUUCUGCCCUUUAAGUUCUUCGUGCAACUAAACUUCGUCCCAGUGCGUCUGUGUCUAGCGGAGAACGUAAUCGCCUGUCUCAGUCAUCGCUACUGCGUAGCCUUCAAGGUGGUGGAUGCACUCACUAGCAGAGCCAGUGGAGGGCAGGAUGUGAGCUGUCUGGACAACGACUACGGUGGCGGAGACGAACAGCUCUCGGAAUCCCUAAGCUUGGGCAGUAAGGUUAGUGCCAGCGGUGCAGGUGGUGGCGUAGUUAGUUCCAGUCAGCAGAGCUGCGAGAGCGACUCACUGCAAUCGACGAGCAGUGCGAAAGCACAGGUUGUCAUGAAUGGUGCCUUGCCUGGACGGUCACCGUUAGACUUUAACGUGGCCAAGCUAGUUAACAAUGCGUACGGCAGGGAAUUUGAACCGGAAUUGCGAUCUCAGUGGGACGAGACUACAGACUACGGAGCAGGAAAGAGUCAGGAUGACAACCAAGAUAUCACAAUCAGCCCUCAGCGCGCUGCAGACAUUAAAAUCAAGCUCGUGAACGAGGCCAAGGCAAUGAAAGUGAGGGGCAUAGCCGGGAGCAGUCAUCUGGAUGAUGCGUCGGUGCAAUAUGAUGUGCGCAAGCUGUUGCAGAUCUGUAUGAAGACCUCGGAGAAUCAACCGCGUGUUCUGGACAUAUUUCGCUGCAUGGAUCUCAAGGCCAUUUACCAAAGGAACAGCCAGGAAGUAGACCAGGAAGACGAUGAGUAUGACAUGGGCAACCAACAGGUGCCCAGUGCGGUGACCACCUUUAAGCACGUGAACCGUCGGACACUCAAGUCCUCGCAGCAUCAGAGGUGCAUAGGACACGCCCUCCUCGUGGCCAGUAGUGUGGACGGCUUCCUGUACCAGUUCUCCGCGCAAGGGAAGUGGUAUAGUGAGAACGAAAAGCCUGUAGCCAGCUAUAGCUUCACGGCGCCUGUUAUCCAGGUCCAAAUCAACGACUAUGUCGUGUAUGCAGUAACCACAGAGUCUGUCGAAACGCACACCUCACGGAUUGGUCACAAGCUCUUUCACAAUCGCUUCGAAUACCCUUCGAUUGGCGGUCUGUUCCCCGAGGAGUCCGCUCCGGAUGUGAAUUCCCCCAUCGCCGUUGUGGGGCUGGCAGCGUUUAUGCAUGUUCAGUUCGUUUGUGUGAACCGAGAGCAGCUCGUGCUCAUCACGAAUGCAGCUCUGGAGCAGCACAAGCGGCGAAGCAUGAGUGAGGUGCCUGGCACUCAAGUAGUAGCUGUCAAAAGAAACAUUGCCGCACGCCUACUGGCCGAAGCGAAGGCGAAACACAAUAGUCUGCUGAGGAGCAGCAGUGCAGUCCAAUCCUCAACGGUGGCCAAUGAGUGGACGCUGUACAAUCUAGAGGUACCUCGAGUGGAGUGCAUCAUAGAGGAUCUUGAGGGCAUUGCGGAAUCGUAUCGCAGUGCAAGCAGCUCUAACUUUUACGAUCUCAUGGAGGAGGCACAUGUCAUGCUGCGAUUAAGUCUCACAUUGCAGGGCGAGCGCAUGGGAGCGGAGCGGGAGCAGCACCUUCGGAAAAUGUUCAUGGCAAACUGCAGAAAACUGGCGGAUUUCUCAAUACGCUCAAACAAACAGGAAGUAUAUCUCCAGGCUACAGGGUUCUACAGAAUGUGUCAGCUUCAUCUUGUAGAUAUUUUUAAUAACUACGUGCAGAAUUUUAUGGACAGCGAGGAAAGCGCGAACCCACCUGAGCUCUCGGGUCUGAUCUACACAGUUAAGCUGUUCCUGCUUUGCCUGGGAACAGAUCGUUUGAAGUCGGCCUUUUUGAACCAGACAGUUCGUCCGUAUUUUACGCCGGCUAGGGUGAUCCAACAAGGUUACAAGCAGGUUCCAAUUUCGCUGGAGUUCCUUAACAUGUUCAUCAAACAUGCACCUUCGGAAAUCCCACAGAUAAUGCUAGUUUCACCUGUUGUGGCGGACUCCAUUAGUGGGGAGUUGAUUAACUACCUAAAAUACUUGGACAACCUUUCCCCCGAUGAAAAUCUUCUGCUGGCUGUGACUGCUUGCCGUAUGUCCAACUAUUUGCUGGCUCAGGAGGUAGUUUCAAAGUCCACGCGACGCACCCUAGCCACUGCUUUAAUACGGCACAAGAACGUUCUGUUUGACGACAGUACUGUGAUCUAUCAGCGACGCCAUCAACAGCAAGCUGACUGCCAGGCAUCAAGCUUGCGAGCUAGAAAAAGCCGGCGGUUGGGGGCGAAAAGCAAACCAGCUCCGGUCGGAACGCCAGCUCCGAGUACCAUAGUAUCCUUCUCGGACUUCUGUGAGACGAUUCUGUUGGCCAACGAGCAGCCAGCACUGCUCGAAGCUAUUAGUGAUGCCUUCAUCCAUGCGCUUUGCAUCGAGCACAGCAUGACGCUGGACGUGAUUCUGCAGCUCUUUCUGAACUACAUCGCCUCGCACAUCGGCCAAAAGGGAUACCAGACCUCUCAGAAGGUGUUCGUAAACAUUCUGCAAGUGUACUUCUAUGAUCUCUACGAUGUAAGCUCGUCUUCGCAACCCCACGAGAUUCGUUCGCAAACACCGCCUCAACUGGACGACGAUUACGACGAGGAGUGUAGCAGUUCGCGGGCUCCCUCGCUGCACAGCGAGGCGGAUGCCCAGUCACUGUCCAGCUCUUGCGCCAGUUCGGCGCACGAGGAGCGAUCGGCGAGCCUGUCGAUCAGUGGCAGGCAGCAGCGAAUCGUCUACGACCAGCUGCAGGAGCAGCAGUCCUCGCCUUUUCAGAAGCGCAAUUCAAAUGCCUCGCUCUCACAGCCCCAGGCUGAUGACGAUGUGGUUGCAACUAAUCUCAAGGGUCUCAAGAUCCUGUUUCGAAUGUACAUGGGACGGCUAAAGGCUCUAAGUGAUCUCAUCACAGAUCUGCAAUCAGCGGACGUCGAGCAACAAACCAGUCGCGAGGAGUUUAUGAACCUGCGCAUGGAAUGCAUUUCGUACAUGGUGGGAAUGGCACCCAAUUACAGCCCAAAACCGGUUGUAAGGAAUCCCAAUGAUCCGAUGGCCGGCAAGCUUAUUUAUGUGCCCUUUAUUCCGGACUAUAAGCUGCCUGAGGGAGAGGAGUAUGAUCGCCACAUCAAGGGAUACAUUCGCCCAAUUCCCUGCUUGUUGGAGCGACCGCAGUAUCUAAACCGCCUCCUGCCUUUCGAACGUAGCGACUUUAGCUAUCCGAACAAGGACGACGGAGAGUUCGAGGUGCGCUUCCUUAGCUGGAAUAACGAGCUGCUGACACUCACCCUGAAGAUACAGAGUCUGUUAGCUUCUACCAAGGUGGAUCGUGAGAUCGUCUCGGAGUUUCUCGCCUUCAUACAAAAGACGCCCACUUUAAUCGGCAUAGACAGUUUUCUGGUAAUCGUGUUGCCCAAGAACUUGGCGAUAAACUACCUACUUAGUUUCUGUCCCGCCUUUUUGUGGCAGUAUGGAAAGUCUUGCGGGUUCGCGCCAAAGCAUUGGGAGAGUCUCUUACGGAAAAUACUCAGCAAGCAGGAGGCGCUGCCAAAUUGGAAGGCACAUAUCACGGAGAUUUUAAACAAUCUUGUGGCUGAGCUGAGCUUUGAAGAACUUUUGCAAUGCUUUCCCAGCGAAGCGAUUCAAAAUCGCAACACCGCACAGUAUUUCGCCACGGAAUUUGCCGAGACAUGUAUCUUGUAUGAAAACGAGGAGCUUGUCUUUAAGAAUCCUGAUCGAAAGGAGGGACAUAGGGAUCACAUGCCGAUGGAUAACAUAGACGAGGACAAUGUGUUUGAGUUAACGCUACGCAAGGCGGUUGCCAAGCAGCGGAGUAUUGCCCUGAGGUCCAUGAUUGAGUCCACAGGAACCCAGCUGUUCGACGCCACUAGUAAUCCCAUGUAUAACCUGUAGGCGAUCUGCAUUCCUCGUUAAACUAGUGUAACCCAAAAUUAUCAUAUUGAAAACCGAUGAGAUUGAUACUAAUGUAGCAAAGUAGUCAACUCAGAAAGCUUUUCUAUUACGCCACAGAUUGAUCGAAAUGUAUUUUGUAAUUUUAGGGCGCACCCAUUUGAGGCGGUAUUUAUUGACAAUUAUGUUUAAAACAAAACACAAAAUUCGAAUACUCCAGCUAUCGCUGAUUUAUGGAGCUGAGCUGAGCUUAAGGAUAAAAACUCCUGAGCUGUAGGUUGUAAAAUAACUAGCUCGUCGCGCACUUAUGCUGUAGUUGCCAUAUGUAACCAGAUCUACGAUAGAUUCUUGUCAGAACUUUCUUUAUGCCUGCAUUUGUACUUGUACUUAUCCGAGAUUCCUUUGAACUUUGUUUUAAAGCCUAAAGUAUUUGUAACCUAUUAAAAAAUUAGUUAUCUUGUCCCCUUAUUUGCCCACAUCCAAACACACUUUUACGACAAAAACAAGGUCAAGUGAUAUUUUGAAUGCUUUCAUUGAAUCUGAAUCAUAAUUAUAUUACAAUGGCCGUACUUUUUCCCUGAUAAGCAAAAGUUAAUUCACCUGACAGCAUUAAAAUAUGGCUGCAUUAGAGCCGUUUAUAGAUACUA